AAAAUCUGAUCUAGUGUUCUAUUUGAUAAUUUCUGAAAGGUGUCACUCAGUCCGUGUCAUUUACGUUAGAAAUUAAGAAAAAUGUCAGUAAUUAAAUAAUCAUGUUGGAAAAUUAUUUGAUCGAAAUUUGCAUAAUCCUCGUCCUCUUGGUCAUAUUGUACUUUUUCGUGGGUUGGUUUUGCCGCUGCAACACCAACGAAAAAAUGCUCUGCACCUACGGCUACAGCGAUUCCGACGGCCCCAACACUUGGAAAUACCGCUUCCAAAUCCGUGGCGAGAACCAAUCCCCCAUCAACAUCCUCUCAGUCUGCGCCGUCGUUGUCCCCACCGAAACCAUCGCCCCUUUGGACUUCACCAGCGAGUACCACAUCACCCCCCAGGAGAUGAAGCUGCUCAACGACGGCUACACCGUUGUGAUUUACAGCACUUGGUCCAACGGGCGCAAACCCACCGUUUGUGGGGGCCCCUUGUGCGACGAAUACAAGCUGUUUAGUAUCCGCUUCCGGUGGGGGCCCAACGACGAGGAGGGCUCCGAGCACAUGAUCGACAUGCGGCGCUACGCCAUGGAGCUCCAAGUCACUUACAACAAAUGCUCGUGCAAGUGCACGGAUAUGGCCAAGUCGAUCAAAACUUGCGCUGUGAUCAUCAUUAGUUACAUGUUUGAAGUGACUGAUGUCGACAAUCCCUAUCUUGAGACAAUAAUACAGGGGUUGCGACACAUACAAAACCCCUGUUGCAGUUAUUACAUCAGGCCGGUUCCGGUCAGUUUGUUAGCUCCGGUUUUUACGCGACGAUAUUUUUCUUAUAUUGGCUCCCUGACCUAUCCUCCGUGUACUGAGGGCGUUCGCUGGAUUAUUCAGCCGGAGCCUUUGGCCAUUUCCUCGCACCAGAUAAGACAGUUUAGGCGGCUGAUGGGCUUCAAUGGUUAUAUCUUGAAUAAUACGCGACCCGUUCAAAAUGCCAACAACAGAGACGUGAUUUUCUAUGAAUAAAAUGUAGGGGUUUGGUCAAAAUUGUCUCGUGGUUGUUUCAAUAAAUUAUGCAUGGUGGUGUU